AUGAUUUUAAUUUUAGAAGAAUGUGAUAAUCAUUUUUUAUCUUGCAUUCGAUAUUCAACUCUUGCUGCAAUGUCUCUAAUUAUAGCAAUAAUCUCUAUAAGAUGGUCUUUUCAUUAUUACAAAGCGAAUGGAUCAAUAAAAUAUGAAAUAGCUCCAAUGAUUUGCUGUUGUUUAUAAGCAAUUGUUCAUUUAGUACAAUAUACCAUUUAUAAUUCAAAUCGAAUGAUAAUUUCAGCAAGUAUAUUGUAAUUAAUAACAUUUAUACUUGUUUCACAAAGCUUAGCUAAUUUGAGAUAUCGAUUCAAAUAUGCUGAUGACUGUAAUUAUUCAAUUUUAUCUAUAUAGUGGAAAAAAGAAAAAACAGAUAUCUAAGAUUAUUAAUUGGGAAAGGAGCUUUCUAUUUUGUAAUAUUUUCAUUGUAAUUUUUCUUUUUCUUCAAAAUUGAUGAUUCUUCUUGCAAUAAGUAUGAAUACCAUUAAUAAAAUAGUUAUUUUUAUUACAGUCUCGAUUUAUUAGAGGUGCAAAUACUAAUCAUUACAAUAUUCACUUAAAUACAUGGAUAAUCACUAAUCUACUAUAUAAGAAGGAAAGAAGAAUCACAAAAUUAGAAUCAAGAAUAAUACUUUAAAUUCCUUGACAACUCAUCAAUGUUAAAAAAUACAUUAACAAUGAAAUUAAAAUAGAUUAAAUUAGUUAUAUUGGCAUAAACUAUCACAAUGAUAACAUUCAUUGUACUUAUAAUUCUUAUGUAUAAUACAAACAAAGAGUUAUUUUGUUUUUAAAAAAUCAACGAAUAACAAUAUUCUGUUUUUUAAAUAAGCAUAUAAAUAUUUUUUACAGGGGUGCAACAAUUUCCUUGUUUAUAUAUUCCUUAUGCAUUUUAUUAUGCUGAAAAAACAAGAUCUAUAUCUAAAACAACCAUUAUAGAUUUUAACAUUUAAUAAGAUAGAUCAACAGCAGAACAACAAAAUUCUAGAAGUAGAAAGAAUAGUUCUUUUGAAGAUACUUUUGUUAAUAUGAUUCAUAGUAUAUAAUAAAAUGAUUGA